AUGUUCGGGAUUAUAAGGCAAAAAGUGAGUGCCGGAGGUUCUCCACCUUUAGCUUUUGGGCAGAUGAUUCGCCCUGCGGUAUCGGCUUGGAGAGGUUAUUCAGCUGCAGCAAAACAGAUGACAGUUAGAGAAGCGCUAAACACUGCGCUCGAUGAGGAAAUGUCUGCUGAUCCUAAGGUCUUUUUGAUGGGUGAAGAGGUUGGUGAGUAUCAGGGUGCAUAUAAGAUAUCCAAAGGACUUUUGGACAAGUAUGGUCCUGAGAGAGUCCUUGAUACACCAAUCACAGAGGCUGGUUUUACUGGCAUUGGAGUUGGUGCUGCUUACCAUGGUCUUAAGCCUGUUGUUGAGUUUAUGACGUUCAACUUCUCUAUGCAGGCAAUGGACCACAUCAUUAAUUCGGCGGCAAAAUCAAACUAUAUGUCUGCUGGGCAGAUAUCAGUGCCCAUAGUUUUCAGAGGGCCAAAUGGUGCUGCUGCUGGAGUUGGUGCCCAGCACUCUCAAUGUUAUGCUGCGUGGUAUGCCUCCUGCCCUGGUUUGAAAGUGUUGGCUCCUUACUCAUCUGAAGAUGCUCGUGGUCUGCUAAAGGCUGCCAUAAGGGACCCUGAUCCUGUUGUUUUCCUUGAAAAUGAGUUAUUAUAUGGUGAGGUGUUCCCUAUUUCUGCUGAAGUACUCGACUCCAGUUUUUGCCUUCCAAUAGGGAAAGCCAAGAUUGAGAGAGAAGGGAAGGAUGUGACCAUUACAGCCUUUUCAAAAAUGGUUGGCUAUGCUCUCAAGGCUGCUGAGAUACUUGCAAAGGAAGGAAUCAGUGCUGAGGUGAUAAAUUUGCGCUCAAUCAGGCCACUAGAUAGACAUGCAAUCAAUGCUUCAGUCAGGAAAACUAACAGACUGGUCACAGUUGAAGAAGGGUUUCCUCAGCACGGCGUUGGUGCUGAAAUCUGUGCAUCUGUUGUUGAAGAGAGCUUUGGUUAUCUUGAUGCCCCAGUUGAGAGAAUUUGUGGAGCUGAUGUUCCCAUGCCUUAUGCAGCUAAUCUAGAGAGAAUUGCUCUGCCACAGGUUGAAGAUAUUGUUCGUGCAUCAAAGAGAGCUUGCUACCGAUCUGUGCCAAUGGCUGCAACUGCUUGA